AUGGUGCGACGAUACAAAAAGAAGACGGAUAGAAAAAAGUGGUCUGAGACCGAUUUAUCAAUGGCUAUUGAAUCGGUGAAAAGUGGAAAAACCAUCAAAGGCAGUGCCAGUCAAUACGGUAUUCCUCGCGUGACACUGCAAAGAAAAAUCGCUAAUCCGAACUCAAUUAAUGCUGGUUUCCAAAAGGUAUUUUCAUUGGAACAAGAAAAUGCCCUAUAUGACUACGUGAUUGAUUUGGAGAAAAGACUCAUGGGACUGUCAACUACAGAUCUCAGGAAGUUGGCCUAUGACUUUGCCGUACAGUUGGGUGUUUUACACUCUUUCAACAAUGAAACUGGUCUUGCUGGAAGAGACUGGCUGCAAAGUUUUAUGCAACGCCAUGACCUUUCCAAUCGAAAGGCUGAGCCUACGUCAGCUGCUCGUGCAGAUGGAUUUAAUUGUCAGAGUGUUGACAAGUUCUUUCAGCUCCUGCUUGAAGUACAGAAAAAAUACAACUUUCACUCUUCCAACAUUUAUAAUGUUGAUGAGACAGGCAUAUCUGUCGUACCUAAAUCAGGAUCAAGAGUUAUUGCUGCAAAAGGAAGGCGACAAGUAGCAGGAAAAAUAGCUGCAGAGAGAGGAGAGACGAUUAGCGUUGAGCUGUGCUUUUCAGCAAGAGGAAAUUAUAUGCCACCCAUGCUAAUUUUUCCUCGCGUCAAGACAAACGAAUCAUAUUUGCAAGGGAAGCCAGAGGGUUCUUGGGCUGUUUUCAGAAAAAGUGGCUGGAUGGAGACUGAUAUAUUUACAGAUUGGUUUUUUGAGUUUGUCAAGUUCUCAAGAGCAUCAUUAGAUAAUCCGGUGCUUUUAUUAUUGGAUGGCCAUUGUACCCAUGUCAAAAAUUUGAAAGUGGCUGAAUUGGGCAAAAAACACGGUGUUGUGAUUUUAUGCUUUCCUCCGCAUUGCACUCAUCGCAUGCAGCCUCUCGACGUUGGCUUUAUGAAGCCAAUGAAUACUUACUACUUAGAAGAGGUAAAUAAAUUUCAGCGCACUGGUACUAAUGUUCAGAUGAAAGAUGUUUUCAGUCUAUUUGGCAAAGCGUGGCAGAGAGCAGCAAAAAUGGACACAGCUGUGAAUGCAUUUAAAACAACUGGUCUAUAUCCUUUAAAUGCAUCAGUCUUUGAUCCUUAUUUUGCCAAAGAGGGGGUGGCAUCCUCUUCCACAACAGAUACAGAUUCAGAAUCUGUCAACCGCUCAUUCUAUAGAGAGACACUUGAUAAUAUUACGCAGAACUCAGGGAUCAGUGCAGUUGAGUCUACAUCGAGUUCAUCUGUGACAGCUAUAAAUAAUGGUGUUGGUAGUGCAUCACACUCAAGCUUAAGCCCCUUGGUAUCUUCCGAUCAAAAGGCAACACAAAUGCAUGAUCCAGUUUCCAUCACACCAGCAAAUAAAAGUGAUACGAUUCCCAAGCCUCCUGUUAAACGGAGAAAACGGGGUACAGCUGCUGUUGUUACCAGUGAUGAAUACAUUGCAGAAUUACGUACUAGUCAAGACAAAAAAAUUAAAAAAGAUCCAAAGAAGGCAGUUCCAAAAACUAAAAUUAAAAAGGAGCCAAAGAAUAAAAGAAUCGCCAACGUUAAUCCUGUAGCUAUACUCUACAGUAUUGAAACUAUUAAAAUAUCUGGUCAGUCUACAGUUAUGUUAAAUCCAGAGUGGACAAAGGAUUAUAAAUGGGUAAGACCAUCAGAAAUAAGUAAAUACCAAGCUUACUGCAAUUUAUGCAAAAAAACUUUCGAGUUGAGUAAUAUGGGAAUAGCUGCCGUUAAAAGUCACGAAAAAGAUGUUAAACAUACAGAAAAAGAAACUGCAAGCUAA